AUGUCGGAGAGUGCGUCGACUGGCAAAGGGAGACCGACAAUCCAAGGGGAAUCUCCUGGAAAUAUCGUAGCGACGUAUCCAUUCCAAGUAGUCGCGAUGAACCACAUACCGUCACUGCCCGCGUCACACAAAGGAAACACGGAGCUGUUAAUCUGGGUCGACCUGUUUACGGGUUUCGUCAUCGCAAAGGCAAGUGCGUCGCGGACUGCGCAGACAGUUGCUGAGUCGUACGAGGAGGCGGUCUUCAGACGAUUCGGGGCUAGUGAAGCCAUUCGCCACGACCGCGUGCCGGGCUUCAUGUCCGAUUUCUUCAGGGCCUUCAUCAAACUCAUGGGUCAACGGCAACGAGCAACUCUCGCCAAACGGGGCGGGGCGGAGCGCAUGGUGCAGACGAUCACGAGGUCCAUCAAGAUGUACAUCGCGGACAACGAUCAGCGCGACUGGGUCGAGUACGCAGAACGGCUCACCUACGCCCUGAAUACCGCCCACGAUCGAACACGGGACGAAACACCGUUUUUCUUGGUGCAUGGGUGGGACCCACGGUCCACCCUGGAAGCGACGCUAGCGAUUGGUAACACCUCACAUCGAGACGUAGAUGCUAGGCGAUGGAGAAUGCGUAUACAUCGUCACUACAAAACCGCACGCGCACAAGCACUUGAGUUGAUCCGCGAAGCAGUGGACACGCGGACACACGGCAGAACGCGCCCGCGACGGAACACGCAAUACAACGCGGAUCCCAAGUCUGCCUGUACCUUGAUCGGGUCAAGCCCGGGUACGCAAGCAAGCUUGCGCACCUGUGACACGGCCCGUUCCGCGCCGCCGAAUUAG